AUGGAAAAUCAAGCAGCACACACAAAUUGGACACAUAUUGACUCAAAAGACACUAAACAAACACCUCCCAAAGCGACAGGCAACAAGAGAUCAAGAAUUACCAGAGCUUGCGAUAUUUGCCGCAGAAAGAAGAUCAAAUGUGAUAUUGAUGAAUCACAGCGCUGUACUACUUGCAAGCAAUAUGGCUGGGAAUGUACCUUUAAUGAUACAACUAAGAAAAGGGGCCCACCAAAAGGUUACAUUGAAAGUCUCGAGACUCGUCUUCGAAACAUGGAAGUUUUAUUAGAGAAGAUGCAACCAGAAGACCAACAAACAGCAACAGCAGCAGAUCAGCCACCCAUGAAGAAAAAAGUAAAGAGAGAGAUAUCACCUUCUGUUGAGAUGCCCAAAUCAGUGGAGCACAGCAAGGUGGUUCGCUUCCUCGGUAGCUCAUCUGGAUAUUACCUAGUACGAAACAUUCUUUCCACCGAAGAAGAAGACAUUGAUGAAUUGCAAUCCUCUCGCCGAAGAUCCUCUUCACUUACUUCUACAGCAGAGGCCGAUGAACAUCCAGGACCGCUGAAAUUCAAAAAGAUCAAUGUCAUUGACGACGAUAUUAUGUUUGUACGGGACAAGACCCUGGAAGAGCAUGCAGAUCAGUUGGAAACAGACAAAUUAGACCUGAAUCCAGCCAUUGCACCGAAAUCGCUGGUCAGUGAAUUGAUUACUCGGUUCUUUCAAAUGGAUCAUGCCAGUCUGCCUAUCAUCGACAAGGAGCCAUUCAUGGAUGCUUACGAAGGCCGUACACAGCCACCACCCGCUACCAUUCUGAUAUAUGCUAUUUGCACGCAUACAUGUAUUUUAUUGCCUACGGAUGACCCCAUUUUCAAGGAUGCAGGACUGGAUCGAGAUGAUUUGUUUGAUACGCUUGUGGAACAUACAACCAAUCUGGUAAAGAAAGAAUACCUCACACCCAGAUUAGCCACUAUUCAAGCACUUGUGUUACUCUGCGCUUAUCCUGCCUGUGAUAAGUCAUUCUACAGAAAUUGGUUGCGUGCUGGCAUGGCAGUGCGAAUGGCUCAGGAACUCGGUCUACAUAGAACUCUGGAAAAACUGCCCUUGACAGAGUAUAUGUUUGAAGCACGCAAAAGACUGUGGUUCUGUGUGUAUAUUACUGAUAGAUGGACUUGUGCUGUGAUGGGGAGACCACUCGCUAUUGCAGAUGCUGACUGUGAUAUCGAUUUACCACAUAUCAAUGGCGGACCCCAAGGCACCAAAGACUACUCACUCUUUAUCAACUUUGUCAAGCUCUCAGGCAUCCUAGGAGAGGUGUUGCGCAGAAUCUAUUCGCCCAAAGCUAGAUCACAGGGAUACAAGAACAUCACAACCUACCAUACAGUACAGAGCAUCCAUCGUAUGCUGACGGAUUGGUUGGAGCAGCUUCCAGACCAUCAACGUAUUACGCCACUCGAAGCCGAAACGCUGUUCAAAAGCAAGAUUAAGACCAACAAGAUCCAAGAGGCAGGCCCUCUCAUGGUGUGCUAUCAUGUGGUCAAUAUUCUGCUGUACCGUAACUUCAUGGUGGAGAAACUAGAUGUUUUGCCAGACUUAUUUAAUGAAGCCAGUCAACGUUGUACAGAGGCCGCCAAGCAUGCCAUUGACAUUGCAAGGUUACUGACGCCUACUCAAGUGGUACAUUUCGGCUGGAAUUUUGCUGGUUAUGCCGUUUUUCAAGCUAGUCUUAUUCAUGUGUAUAACUGUACAAGCAGUUCGCCAGAGGUCGCCAAGCAAUCCAGAGAAUAUGUCAAAAUCUGUGUCGAAGAAUGUAUCAAACCAAUGGGCGUUGAAAUGACCAAUGCACCUCAGAAUGCACUGCCGCUGAUACAAACCCUGAUGGACCUCAUUGGCGUGGAAAAGGAAAAGUCUACUUAUGAAGCUACGCCCAACACACACACCAACCCUACUACUACUACCACUACUACUACCACUACUCAAACUACCAGUUUUAGUACUAAUAAUAAUACCACACUAGUCAAUGCCCUGCCUGGCGUCAACAACUCUGCCUUUUUACAACCACAGCAACCAUCGCCCAUGAGCGUGCACGCUAUUGUAUCUGAUUGGAACCAGCCUCAAGCCAAAGUGCAGCCAGAGCCAUUUGUGCCCAGUAACUUGCCUACAACGGCAUGGCAGACGCUGUUUGCUUCUGCUGCCACACCGUUUUUCGAUAAUGAAUCAGACUGGCAAAGUGUCUUGUCUACUCUAUUUGACGAUAACCAAGUGAAGCCACAAACAAAUGCAUACAUGCAUUAA